CUGGCCGAGUUGGACGCCCACAUCGACUUCGCAGUCACAGAUCAGUACGCUACCGCCCCGCCCGAGACGCUGUCCUCGGUAGGGGGCGAUGAGGCGGCACAGUCCGUCGACCCCGUGGCAUGGGACCCAGGGCAGCCGCAGCGUGAUGCGCGCGCCGACCCUGAUGCCGCUCCGCCCGAGACGCUGUCCUCGGUAGGGAGCGAUGAGACGGCCCAAGCUGUCGACAUGCAUGUGGCACAGGAACCAGGGGAGCCUUCGCCAAAGGCAAACCCUGAUGCCGCCCCGCCCAAGACGCAGUCCUUGGUAGGGGGCGAUGAGAUGGCGAAAGCUGUCGACAUGACCGCAGGGAAAGGCUCAUGGAAGCCCAGCAGCCCGAGAGCCGACCCCAGACCCGCCUACCAAGACGAAUGCCCUACGAAGCCCACGCUGUCAGAUCACUCCCUGUUCUUCUCCAACAUUACUCAGUGGGGGCCACAGUCGGAGAAAUGGCUGGCAGGGCCAGGCAAACAAUAUCAGAUGGUAGCAUUGGUUGAAACACACAUCUCGCCUGGAAAAGCGCCGCUCAUCUACGACAAGCUAGCAGCGGACGGUUGGAGGAUAUCAUCGACUACGGCCACGCCUACCAGCAGAUCAGACGGAGGCAACACGGGUGGCGAGAUCAUCCUUUCCAGGUACCACGUCCAGGCCACCACGUUCAACCACCUCCGUGACCUUGCCAUCUCCCAGCGCAGGCCCGACCCGUUCCGCGGCUUCGCGCCCAUGGUAUGGCACAGACGCUCUGGCAACCUGGUCGUUAUUGCAGCGUAUCUGGAACCCCACAGGCAGAUCGAGGGUGCAGUGCACGAUAAGCUACUUUCGCUGGGAGCCUUCGUUACUAUGCUCACGGACCCUUGGAUCAUCCUGGCCGAUUGGAAUAUGACACCUGAGCAGCUCGCAGCGACAGAGUGGCUCGCCAAAUGGAAUGCUACCAUCGCGCGAGCGCCUGGAUCCGCCACGUGCGACAAGGGCCAGGGACUCACGCUUGAUUUCGCAUUGGUCAAGACUGGCAUCGAGCACACGAUCUCCAUUCGCCAGUGCCCCACCGAACCCAUCCCUUAUGCUAUCCCGAUGGACUUGUGGGAAGAACAAUGGCAGGAAGCGGUACCCACACGUUGUAAGCAGCCUCACGCGCACUUCGUGUACAGACACUGGGUGCACGACGCCGACGACCUCAACCCCAAGUACGCCAAAUGGGUCACGGCGCUCGAGAACACCAUGAUCAGCCACCACCAGAUCGACCCGAAGGAAGCCGCAGCAUACACAGGCCGAGCCCAAGGCUACCAGUUAUCUUGGAAGAAGACAGCCGCCGCCCCAGGCCGCGUACACGUACAUGACCCUCAGUCGGAAUGGUGGGCAAUCACGCUCACCCUCAUCAAGCGCUACGCUGCGCUCCACGACAAGCCCAAGCACACAGCGCUCAUGCAGCAGCAGGCCUCCAUCAUCCAGCAGCGCGCGGACCACUUCAACACUCACUUGCACGACCUCCAGUUCGAGAAGGAUGAGGACACCAUCUUCCGCUGGUUUGCACUCGUCUGGGCCCCGCGCUUGGACAAGGAUGACACCGACGACGUGGUCACUAUCACCGCUACUUGGGCCUCCAGAGCGCUCUCCGCCGCCCUCGCCAAGUCCAAGAGGGCCUACGGGGCUUGGCUCGCCAAGCAAUGGAAGCACCGCCCUGGAGUACUACACGCCCAUGUCAAGCCAGCGCCUGUACGUCGCAUCGAGGCCUACACGACCAACCUGACCAUCGCCGACCCCACCGUUAUCAUGGACAACAAGAAGCAACAAUGGCAACAAGUAUGGCAAGCCACCGAGACCCCCGACGACAUCCUACAGACCCUGUCAAAGGCCAAG